AUGGCCGGUCCCUCGUCACCCAUGACCCCAGCUCCCUUAAAGCGAAAAAGAAGCCAUGAAGAAAGCGACACUGACAUAGGCCGCGGUUCGCCUGCCUCGAACGCGUCCCUGCAAAACUCCGCCGAACAAACAGUUACACCAUCGACCAUCUCUACCCAUCCUCCCCAGGAUUGCGACUUACAGGAGGCCGGAUCCACCAAAAGCACAGUCACCAAAAAGCCAGCCAAAGGAAAGACAGCCUCGAAACCACGCAAACCCGCGAAACGAACACCCUCAGCACCAGUGCCAGAAGCCUUCAAACGUCUCUCACAAAUCCAUCGCGCCCUUAAUCUCGUUUACACAUUCUGCUGCACGCGAAAGCAGUUCGCCACUACAUUUGAUAACAUCAAGAAAGCUGUACAAGCGCAGAUUGGUCCAGAGCGAGAGCUUACGAUCGAGGAUGUGGCACGCGUGAAAGUAAUCGUUCCGGGUGCGGUGCGAUUCGAGUACGUGGACGAAGCGAAGUUGGAAGUAAUGACUGUCGGAGACCAGGAAAUAUCUCAAUAUGGGCUACACAAGCGAUCUAGCCUGGCACAUGCAGCUGACAUGGAGGAUGACGGUGAUAAUGCCGGUGGCGAUCUAGCUGAUACAGACGGUACAAAGCAUGUGCUGCUAUUUGAGUUUGUGGAUGGCGAUUUGAAGCGGGAAGUGAUUCAUCCGAAGACUGGGGAGCCUACGAAACCGACGCGGCGUAUGAGAGACGAGGAUUUGAAAAUGCCGGUUUACAGUCAGAAACAGAUGCUGCGGUCUAUUGAGAAGCGGAACGCUAAAUUUGCAGAUGCGCUUGACGUCUUUCUGGUCCAAUGCGAGGACAAUCGUGUUGAUCCGGUUGAGUCUCUCGAGCAAGCGAAGGAUGCUUUCUUGCCUACUCCCCCCAGCAGUGGGGUGAAUACCCCUGCGCAUGUGGCGAGGCCGCCCGCGACGAUUCCCAAGGAGCGAAAGUCCAUUGGGGAAAUCGUUGCGGAGAUCCGGGAGAUGAAUUGGUAUUAUGCGCAGAUUGUGCCGGAAGGCCACCGUGUAUUCGAAGCCCAGUCUCCCGUUUACGGUGAUUUGACGUUCCAGCUUUCGCAGGAUCUGGUGAAUGCUCUGUAUAAUACGAGGAACAUCACGCAGAUGUAUUCGCACCAAGCAGAGGCAAUCAACUACUUGUACGAGGGCCACAAUGUGAUUGUGUCGACGUCGACGAGCUCUGGAAAAUCGCUCAUUUAUCAAGUCCCCAUGUUGCAUGAGCUAGAGAAGGAUCCGGACAGCCGGGGGAUGUAUAUCUUUCCCACCAAGGCUCUGGCACAGGAUCAGAGGCGCAGCAUGAUGGACCUACUGCAGUAUAUGAAUGGGCUGCAACACACCAUGGUUGAAACCUUUGACGGGGACACCCCGAUGAGCAGCCGGAACAUGAUUCGUGACGAGGCGCGGAUCAUCUUCACCAACCCUGACAUGCUUCAUAUCACGAUUCUGCCACAGGAAGGGGCCUGGCGCACUUUUCUGAAGAAUUUGAAGUUUGUCGUUGUCGACGAACUGCACGUCUACAACGGACUAUUUGGUUCCCAUGUCGCUUUCAUCAUGCGACGACUUCGCCGGAUCUGUGCUGCUGUGGGUAAUCGCCAUGUCAAGUUCAUAUCUUGUUCUGCUACUGUUGCAAACCCAGAAGCUCACAUGAAGUCUAUCUUUGGCAUCGAAGACGUGAAGCUCAUCGAUUUCGACGGGUCACCCUCUGGUCGCAAGGAGUUUAUCUGCUGGAAUACGCCAUUCAAAGACCCCAAGGAUCCAACCUCCGGACGAGCAGACACUGUCACCGAGACCGCCAGGCUGUUCUGCCAGCUGAUCCUCAGAGGCGUCCGAGUCAUCGCCUUCUGCCGCAUUAGAACGCUAUGUGAGAUCCUCCUACAAGCAGUGCGAGCGGAGUUCGACAGACUUGAACGAACCGAGAUCGGCAAACUCGUAAUGGGUUACCGAGGCGGAUACAGCCCUCAAGACCGCCGCCAAAUCGAAAAGGAAAUGUUCGAGGGAAAAUUGAUGGGAAUCGUCGCAACCAGCGCCCUGGAAUUAGGUGUCGACAUCGGCUCCCUGGACGCAGUCAUCACCAUGGGCUUCCCUUACUCGAUCUCCAAUCUCCGACAACAAAGCGGCCGCGCCGGACGCCGCAACAAAGACUCCCUCUCCGUACUAGUCGGCGACCGAUACCCAACAGACCAGCACUACAUGCAGAAUCCGGACGAGAUCUUCACACGCCCGAACUGCGAACUCCAAAUAGACCUAACAAACGAGCUCAUCCUCGAAGGCCACGUCCAAUGCGCCGCCUUCGAGAUGCCCAUCCGCCCAGAAGAAGAUAGCAUCUACUUCGGGCCCCAGCUUCUCGCCCUCGCCCCGACCCGCCUAGAAAAGGACCCCAUAGGCUUCUACCACUGCCACCCGCGCUUCCGCCCACAGCCGUCCCGCUGCGUCUCAAUCCGCGACACAGAAGACCAACACUUCGCCGUAAUCGACACAACCAAUGACCGCAACAUCGUCCUCGAAGAAGUCGAGCUCUCGCGCGCUUUCUUCACCAUCUACGAAGGCGGCAUCUUCCUCCACCAAGGCACAAGUUACCUCGUCAAAGAAUUAAACCCCGACUCCCGUCUUGCUCGCGUCAUCCGCGUCCACGUAGACUGGUCAACCAAGCAACGCGAUUACACAGAUAUCGACCCCGUAGAAACAGAGGCCAUGCGAAGCGUCGGCAGCGACCCAUCCGCCACCCACGCCUUCUUCGGCACGAUCAAAAUCCACGCCGUCGUCUACGGCUUCUUCAAAGUCGAUAAGCGAGGUCGUGUCCUAGACGCUGUAACAGUCGAUAACCCGCCCAUCGACCGGUUGACGCGCGGUAUGUGGCUCGAUGUCCCCACGCGCGCAAUCGAUAUCCUGCAAUCCCAUAGACUGAAUGUCGCCGCUGCUAUCCACGCAGCCGAACACGCUGUGCUUUCUCUGCUGCCUUCGUUUGUCGUCUCGUCGCCUGGGGAUGUUCGGACAGAAUGCAAGGUCGCGAAGAAAGAGCUCGGUCGACCGCUGCGUCGGGCGAAUAAUAUACCUCCUGGGUUUGAAGAGAAGCUUAAGCCGCCUUCACGGCAGAGGCCUGCGAGACUGACCUUCUACGAUGCGAAGGGGGGUUCGUGUGGCUCGGGCAUUGCGAGCAAGGCGUUUGAGUUUAUUGAGUUGCUGCUGAGACGUGCGGUUGCGCGUAUCGAGGCUUGCUCUUGUCUUUCGCCGCAGGGGUGUGUGGAGUGUGUUUGUGAUGAGCGGUGUAAGGAGAUGAAUGUUGUUAUGAGUAAGGCUGGUGCUGGGGUUAUACUGCGGUGUUUGCUGGGGUGGGAGAUUGAUGUUGAUUCCUUGCCGUGGGGCGAGGAUGUUGAGGGCGACAGUGAGAUGGUUGGAGAGCUGGCUGGUGGACUGGAGACUGUUGUCAGGGCUGAGGAGGUGCCUUGGAAGGCUGGGUGUCGGGGUGGUCGUUGA